AUGUUAUCAUCACAACUGAGCUUGGCGGGCCCUAAAGCCAUAUCCUCCUCUCAAGCCGGCAGUGACAAUAUUCCUCCCAGUCUGCACACAUCUAAUGUCCGCUUCAACUGGCUUGAAGCAUCAAGCUCCGGUAUCACCUCGCCAUCUGUGAAGUCGAUCCAUCACGGCGACAUUCCCUGUGAGGCUCAGGCAUUAUGGAUCAAGAAGGAGGACUGUUGGCCCCUUGGGCAUGCCAUCACGGUCGUAUUUCUUGAACUACCAAUCCAUCCUGACGCCGAUGAAGUGAUUCAGAUAGUCGCCCAGUGUGCUGAGCAGUGGGUUCAAGACGCAAACAUCAGCUUUCAAUUUCUCGCGACCACGGCAGAUAGCCACGCGAAGGGAAGUGCUGACCUCCAAAUCACUUUUCAGCCUGGCGUCAGCUGGUCUGUCGUUGGAACACGGGCGCUGCAGGUCCAAGGGAGAACUAUGAAUCUUGCAGUAGAGCCAGGGCAUAUGCCCGAUCAGAUCCGUCGUAUGGCAUUACAUGAGCUUGGGCACGCCCUUGGAUUCCGCCAUGAGCACGCCUCCCCGGCAUCCGACCUCAACUUUGACAAGGAAAAAUGGAUGAUUCAUAACAAUGGAACAGAGCAAGAUUUUGAGACGAACUUCGAAAAGCGAAUUGAUGACCAGCCUCGCCUAGUAUCAAAAUUCGACCCUCAAUCCAUCAUGAUCUACGAGAUCCGUCGAGAGUGGGAAUGGAAUGUGGACGGAGUUCACAUCCCUUUGAACAAUCGUCUGUCCGUCAUUGACCAGGCAGUUAUCAAAAUUGCAUACCCCCUCGAAGCGACCAAAUGUCAACUUGUCAAUGGCAUGUGGUACUGUCAUAAAGGGACCUGCAAGCCGGGAAGGCUUCAGUGUGAUCUUUGCAAGCACAUUUCAGAGCACUCUCUUAUGGGAGAAUAG